AUGGCAAAUAACAAACCAAGAGGAGGUUCAUCAUGCGCGGUUGCUACAUGCACAAAUUAUUCCGGAAAGGUUAAAACCAGCGGUAGAAAAGAUUUGUCAUUUCAUAGGUUUCCUAAAGAUGAUAUUCUGGCAAAGAAGUGGCAACAUUUAUGUAGGCGAGGUGAUGUUUGGAACUCUAAAACAGCAUACAUUUGUUCUGAUCAUUUUACAAACAAUGAUUUUGUACGAGAUUUGAAAGCGGAACUGUUGGAAUAUGAACCAAAAAAACAAUACUUAAAAAACAAUGUUUUACCUUCAUUAAACCUACCUCUGGACCAUUCACAAAAAUCCUCUAUCCGAGUCUUCGUUAAACCGUCGAAAUCGAAUGAAUGUAAAAGAUAA